AUGGAACGGGUGGUUCUGCCCAAUGGUGACGAACGCGACAUCGAGAUCAAGGACGCACUGUUCGUACCAAGUAUGAGCAAGAAUCUGCUUUCGGUGCCACAGAUCAACAAGGGUGGCAGGUUCCAAGUCGUGUUCGAUGGAUCCAUGAUGCAAUUGAAGCGCGAGAAUUCCACACAAGUCGUGGCAACAGCGGAUCUCGUCGAUGGACGUUACUGGCUGCGGACUCCUCAACGAUCGGCAAAUGCAGCAACACGCAAUGGGACCAUCGACUUGCAUGCGCGCAUGGGUCAUGCACCCCUCGAAGUUCUGCGCAAGAUGGUGGCCACUGGCAUGAUCAAGGACGCCAAGGCACCUCUCAACUCGACUGGUCCAAGUGUAUGUCGCGGUUGCCAGCAAGGAAAGAUGGUUCAAAAACCAUUCCCAACCAACCGUGACAAACGCCAAUAUGGUGUGUUCGAGUUGCUGCACUUCGACAUCUGCGGGCCAAUGGAACAAGUCUCGAUCGGCGGCAGCAAAUACUUACUGCUUGUGGUUGACGAAGCCAGCGGUUGCAUGAAGGGCUUCUGUCUGCGGUCCAAGUCUGAGAGUGAAGACUGUAUCAAGAACCACAUUAUCAAGAUUCAAACUCAAUUCGGCACAAAGAUCAAGUUUGUUCGGCACGAUGGAGCGUAUGAGUUUGCGACCAACUCGAUCAAGACCUUCUACGAAGAUCAUGGUAUCGAACAACAGGUCACGGUGCCGUAUGCACACCAGACCAACGGCACCGCAGAACGCGCGAUAAGGACCAUCGUCACGAUCGGACGCAGCUUGUUGCAUCAUGCAAAGCUGGAGAAGUGUUUCUGGGCUGAAGCGGCAAUGACGGCGAUCUACAUCAAGAACCGCCUGCCUUCACCCAAGAUCGACCACAAGACUCCGUUCGAGAUCGUGUACAAGUCGAAACCAAGUGUCAAGCACAUGCGCGUGUUUGGAUGUCGGGCGUUUAUCCUGACACCAAGGGAGAAGCGAUUGAAGUGGGACCCGAAGGCUCGUGAAGGGAUGUUCAUGGGCUACGAAGAAGCGUCAAAAGCUUAUCGGGUGUACGACAUUGAGGCGGACCAAGUGGUGAUCAGUCGUGACAUCACCUUCGACGAAUCGACUUUUGAUUUUUCGAUGGACCGACCAAUUGACGAUGAUGAAGAUGCGGAGUUGGACCUCGACCUCCUGGCGAUCAACGAGGACGACGUGCGUCAAACCGUCUACAAGCAGACUGGCAAGCGCAAGAGUGAAGCAAGACCCGGCAUGUCACGUUCAGCUCGCCCUCGAACUGGGUUGGAACAAGCAAGUGCGCCGGAACACGUCUCCAACCGUCACCAGAAACGACGAUCAAGUGCUCCAGAAACGAUGUCUGAUGACGAAGAAGAUGCAAGCGUCUACGAUCAAGAUGACGACUCGACGCCUCCAACAUUUUGGCGUGCAAGUGCAAACGCAGUGGAAGCAACGGACCUAGCAGAACCUGUGACUUUUCAAGACGCAAUCAAUGGUCCUGAUCAAGCUCACUGGCGAAAUGCUGUGAAGGCGGAACUCAAGUCGAUGCAUCUUCGUGGAGUUUUCCGUGCGGCAAAGCUGCCAAGAGGCCAAGGCGCGAUCGGCACCAAGUGGGUGUUCAAGAUCAAGCGCAAAGCGGAUGGAUCGGUCGAGAAAUAUAAGGCGCGUCUCGUUGCCAAGGGCUUCAAGCAGAAGUACGGCAUCGACUACACAGAGACGUUCUCGCCCGUGGUCAAGUACGUGACACUGCGUAUGGUGAUCGCGAUCACCAAGUACUUCGACUGGCCACUGGACCAACUCGAUGUGGUGACAGCCUUUCUCUACGGAGUGAUGAAGGAGAAGGUGUACUGCGUGAUACCAGAAGGCGUCGAGAUGGAUGGCGACUUCGACUGUCUCGAGUUGAUGAAGGCGAUCUACGGUCUCAAGCAAGCUUCACGUGUGUGGAACGAGACUUUCGACGAGUUCGUGUGCUUCAUCGGUUUCGAAGCGUCGGCGUUCGACCCAUGUCUCUACAUCAAGGUUGUCGACGGUCACUGUGUGCUCGUGCUGGUCUACGUGGAUGACGUGUUGGUCACCGGCAGCUCGCUCGAGUUGAUUGCGCAGACGAAGGCCGAACUCAAGACGCGUUUCGAGAUGACCGACAGUGGCAAGUGUACUUUUGUACUGGGCAUCGAACUGGUGAACGAAUCGGAUGGCAGCGUGACGAUGUGCCAGCGACGGUAUGUCAACGACAUCCUCAAGCGCUUCGGCAUGGAUAAGUGCAAGGCCACAGCAAGUCCGGUCGACUUGAGCACUCGGCCUGUCGCAAGCAGCGAAGCGGCCAAGAUCGACGUUCCGUUUCGUGAAGCUGUGGGAGCUUUGAUGCACUUGACGACUGCGACGCGCCCGGACAUUGCGUAUGCUGUGGGGUACGUCUCGCGCUUCAUGGAGAAUCCGCAGCAAGAACAUUGGACGGCGGUGAAGCGCAUCUUUCGUUACUUGCAAGGGACCAAGUCGCACGGACUCCGCUUCCAGCCAAGCGACAAGAUCGACUUUCGUGGCUACUCGGACGCGGACUGGGCCGGCGACCACGCUGAUCGCAAGUCGACUUCGGGUUACACUUUCAUGCUGAUGGGUGCUCCUGUGAGUUGGGGAAGAAAGAAGCAGUCAAGUGUGUCGCUGUCGACGAGUGAAGCGGAAUACAUCGCACUGAGUCUGGCCAUCCAGGAAGGCAAGUGGGUGCAUCGCCUGCUAUGCGAGAUUUUGGCGGCCGCAAACGAACCAGGACCGGACCUCGUCAUCCGUGAAGACAACCAGUCGUGCAUCAAGAUGACGAAGAAUCCGGUGAAUCAUGGCCGCGCCAAGCACAUCGACAUCAAGUACCAUCACAUCCGUGAUGAGGUCAAGCGAGGUGAAGUGCAGCUCGAGUAUUGCGAGACUUCCGUGAUGAUGGCGGACAUCAUGACCAAGGGGCUUUCGAGACCUCGCCACAAGGACUUGACGACGGCUCUCGGCAUUCGUGCGAGUUCGGAUUGA